UGACACCAUCACAAUUGUUAAUUAUUUGGUAAACUGUGACUUCCUUGCAACAGAUGAGUUGUUAGUGACCCUUGUUCCUGUGUCCAUGACUAAUGUGUUAUCUGGACUGUUCUGGGAAAAAAAAAAAAAAAAAUCCGUGGACACUGUUGGUCUGAGUUGGGAACAGAAUGGCUGAGACAGAAGCAUUUUUAGCCGAUGGCAAUCAGGAGUUACUUCCCUGUGAAGUCUGUGGAAGACGCUUUGCAGCAGAUGUUCUGGAAAGACAUGGACCAAUAUGUAGGAAACUCUUCAACAAAAAGCGUAAACCUUUCAAUUCCCUGAAACAAAGAUUACAGGGCACUGACAUUCUCAUUGUGAGAACAGCUCCUCAGUCCAAGCAUCAACCUGUGAGGAGAUCUAACUGGAGACAACAGCAUGAAGAUUUCAUUAAUGCAAUCCGUUCAGCCAAGCAGUCUACACUAGCCGUUAAAGAAGGCCGACCUCUCCCACCUCCACCUCCUCCAUCCAUCAACCCAGAUUAUAUUCAGUGCCCAUACUGUAUGAGGAGGUUUAAUGAAACCGCAGCCAGUCAGCAUAUUAAUUUCUGCAAGGAUCAGUCUUCUCGCCGAGUCUUUGAUCCAGCCCAGACAGCAGCCAAAAUGGCAUCCAGGGUGCAGGCUAGGGCUCAGAUGAGUCCCAAAAAAGAGCCAACUGUAACCAGUGCCGUGAGAGUGUUGCUGCAGAACAGGGCCCUGGGAUCCCCGACUGUGGUCCCAGCUAGGCCAGGAUUAGCAGUGGACCCUGCUUCUGGAGCAAAACUCAGACAAGGAUUUACUAAAUCUUCUAAAAAAGAUUAACUCCUAGAGGCCAGACGGUCUCCCCUUAUCAGCCUGCGUGGCUGUGUACCCAGGAAUGCCACCUAAGGGGGGGGGAAGGCAGACAGCUGUUCCAUAAGCCCACGAUUCUUCUUGAGACGUCAUGUAGAACAAGUAAAAACUAGAUUCAGAUUUUCUUCUUCUUUACUCCCUUUAAAAUUUUCAAAACAGUAUCAUUAAACAACAUAUCAGCCUGCGUGAAAGUG